ACAAUGUAUAAUAAAUCGAGUGUGGGGUGUUUUCGUUUCAACGUAAUGCUGCUUAUUGACAGUUAACUUGUCAUAGAAAUAAUACAUUUACAUGAAAUACAUUUGUGAUGUUUGAUUCCAGUCUAUUACUGCUGAAACAAAAAUACUCAUUGCGGCAGCAAACACGUGUUGUAGUACCGUGUUAAGGUUUCUUAACCGCACAUGAAGGAAGGGGGUGCUUCGAUUAAACAUGGGCGCCUGAAUCAAGUGAACGGGCGUCUGUUAUAACUCUGUUGAUGGCACCUAAAACCGUGAAAGCGGCUCUAGCUGAACUGGAUGAUCUGACAGAAGACAACUUCCACAGGUUCUGCCACCAGCUCCUGGACCGCAGACAGGAGCCGCGGGUCCGACGCAACAAAGUGGAGGGUAAACGCCGCUGGGACAUUGCAGAUGUGUUGGUUUCCACCUUUACAGAAGCCAAAUCCGUUGGAGUGGCUGUGGAGAUCCUGGAGGAGAUGGGCUGCGGCGACGAAGCACAGGAACUCGCUAAAUAUAACACAGAGGCAGGUGGAGCAGAAGCAGCAGCUGGUGCCAGUAACACUUCUUCCCAAGACAAGCACUUUGUGGACAAACAUAGGCUUGAGCUGACCAAUAGAGUGAGCAAUGUUGGAGCCAUUCUGGAUGAGCUUUUGGACGCAGAUGUCAUCCAACAAGAGCAGUAUGAUGAAAUCCAUGCUCUGCCAACCUCACAGGCCAAGAUGAGAGCGCUGUAUUCUGGUCCUCUGCGAGCUGCUAAAGCCUGUAAAGAUGCUUUCUACAAAAUUCUUGAGAAGAACGAACCAUAUCUCAUCAAAGACCUUAAGGAAAAUAACUAAAGAAUUAGAUGAAAUCCACCUUUUAUACCAAAUAUUGGUUAAAUGAUCACAAAAUGAUUUUAAUUGUAAACAGUCAUGUUACUGCAGUGUUUCAUCAGCAAGAUUUCCCUUAGUUUUACACUUAAAUUUGAAAAAAAGUGUAUGGUGCUCAGUGUCUCACCUUGAUUUUUAAUAAAACGAAGAUUAGGUCAAUUAUCCGGAAAUUGCAAACAUUAUAUAUACAGAUUAUACCUUUUCAAAGAAAACGUUUAUACUAAAAUUUUGAAGAACGGUAAUUUUUUUUAUAUAAAGGUUUGCUGAUUAUUUUUGACUUUACAGAAGAAAUUUACUUUUAAACGUUUUUUAUCUAAAUUCAUAAUAAAAUAUAUAAUUAACACUG